AUUGUAAUAAACUAUCUAUGGACUAGAUGGGUUAAUUCCACCUGUUUAAAUGCCCAGUCGCUGACAUGCAGUUUUAAAAUAAAUCAGUAGAGAUGAUACUAUCAGAAAACGGCAGAAGCAGGGAACGUUGAAAGGAAAACAAUGCUUUGGAGGACUUUAUUGAGAGAGUUUGUCAAGACACGGCUUGUUCGACACAGUAGUACAUUGAAAACGUUUUUCGACGAAACUGGUCAAUCGGGGCUCGUUCUCAAAUCAACGUCAACGGACAUUUUUGAAAACCUGGCUUUAGAAGACUGGAUACACGACCGCGUUGACCUGCAGAAUCGGAGUGUGCUUUUUCUGUGGAGAAAUACGCCCGCUGUGGUUGUUGGCCGGCAUCAGAACCCCUGGCACGAAUGUAACCUCCCUUUGGUGAGACGGAGAGGAAUCCCGCUGGCGCGGCGCCGCAGUGGCGGUGGGACGGUCUUCCACGACCUGGGCAACGUCAACAUCACCUUCUUCACGUCGAAGAAGAAAUACGACCGGCGAAGAAACCUUGGUGUCGUGACCGGCGCUCUUACGGACCUGAGCCCAGGUUUAAACGUCAGCGCGACCGAGAGAUUCGACAUUGUGCUGGACGGUGGUUAUAAAGUCUCAGGCACCGCUGCGAAGCUGGGGCGGACAUCCGCUUAUCACCACUGCACACUGCUGUGUUGCGCGGAUCGCACCCUGUUGUCCUCGGUGCUGAAAAGCCCCUACCAGGGCAUUAAAAGCAACGCCACCCCGAGUGUACCUUCCCCUGUUAAAAAUCUCCUGGAUGAGGAUCCCAGGUUGGAUCCCAGUGCCGUUAUGGAAGCCGUUGCCGCACGUUACAAUGUGGAAUUUGGAUUUGACGGUCCUCUCGUUACAGUUGAUCCUAGCGUGGAAGCCCUUAUGCCCGGCGUUAAUAAAAUGGCAGCUGAUCUGAAAUCCUGGGAAUGGGUUUACGGGAAGACUCCAAAGUUCAGCAUCACCCUGCCUUUUGUAGCAGAAGGCGCGGAAAUAGUACUUGACAUGGACGUUAAGGAUGGCACCAUAGAAAAAUGCCUCCUGGAUAUUCCACACGACUGGCUGCCUGCGGGAACUGUGGACGAGCUUUGCUCGGCAUUGGCAGGUGUCAGAUUCUGUCCCAAAGAGGUUGCCGUAGCUGUCACAGCCUUCAUGAGGACUACCUUACAGGGGCCCGACCUGACCAGAAAGACCCAUAGUCUCUAUGAAAAUGUUGUGUCAGUGAUGUGAAUAAAAACAUUAUUUUUUGUUCUC